UUCUGAGUCUCCCCGGCUGCAGGCGGAUGGAUGGGGCUUCUUCAGGCGGUGGCGGCAGCAGUGAAGGUGGCGGCGGCAGCAGCGGCAGCGGCUAUGGUGUGGUGGCUCGAUUCUCCCAGUGCCUGGCUGAGUUUCGGACGUGGUUAAGAACCAACUGGUUGAGGUUCAAUGCAGACAAGACGGAUGUGAUGCUGCCAUCUGUUGAGUCUUCGAGUCCAGGAGGUUCAGCAACAUCAGAUGACCAUGAAUUUGAUCCAUCAGCUGACAUGCUGGUUCAUGAUUUUGAUGAUGAACGAACAUUAGAAGAGGAAGAAAUGAUGGAAGGAGAAACAAACUUCAGUUCUGAAAUAGAGGAUCUUGCAAGGGAAGGAGACAUGCCAAUUCAUGAACUUCUCAGUCUUUAUGGUUAUGAUACUACUAUUCGACUACCUGAAGAAGAUGAGGAGGAGGAAGAAGAGGAAGAAGAAGGUGAAGAUGAUGAAGAUGCUGAUAAUGAUGAUAACAGUGGCUGUAGUGGGGAAAAUAAAGAAGAGAAUAUAAAGGACUCAUCAGGUCAAGAGGAUGAAACUCAGUCUUCCAAUGAUGAUCCAUCACAAUCUGUUGCUUCUCAAGAUGCCCAAGAAAUAAUCCGCCCACGUCGAUGUAAAUAUUUUGAUACUAAUAGUGAAAUAGAAGAAGAAUCUGAAGAAGAUGAAGAUUAUAUUCCAUCAGAAGACUGGAAAAAGGAGAUUAUGGUGGGCUCCAUGUUUCAAGCAGAGAUUCCAGUUGGCAUUUGUAGAUACAAAGAAAAUGAAAAAGUGUAUGAAAAUGAUGAUCAGCUCCUGUGGGACCCUGAGUACUUACCGGAAGAUAAAGUGAUUGUAUUUCUUAAGGAUGCAUCUAGAAGAACAGGUGAUGAGAAAGGUGUAGAAGCAAUUCCUGAAGGAUCUCACAUAAAAGACAAUGAACAGGCUUUAUAUGAGUUGGUUAAAUGCAAUUUUGACACAGAAGAAGCAUUGAGAAGAUUAAGAUUUAAUGUAAAAGCGGCUAGAGAGGAAUUAUCUGUUUGGACAGAAGAAGAGUGUAGAAAUUUUGAACAAGGGCUAAAGGCCUAUGGAAAGGAUUUUCAUUUGAUUCAGGCUAAUAAAGUUCGAACAAGGUCAGUUGGUGAAUGUGUAGCAUUCUAUUAUAUGUGGAAAAAAUCUGAACGUUACGAUUUCUUUGCUCAGCAAACACGAUUUGGAAAAAAGAAAUAUAAUCUUCAUCCUGGUGUAACGGAUUAUAUGGAUCGUCUUCUAGAUGAAAGUGAAAGUGCUGCGUCUAGUCGAGCACCAUCCCCUCCCCCAACUGCCUCAAACAGUAGUAACAGCCAGUCUGAGAAAGAAGAUGGCACUAUCAGCAAUAGUAAUCAGAAUGGGGUGUCAUCUAAUGGACCAGGUGAAAUGUUGAGCAAAGAAGAAAUCAAAGUUGAAGGGUUACACGUUAAUGGACCAACAGGUGGAAAUAAGAGACCACUUCAUGCAGACAUGGAUACUAAUGGUUAUGAAACCGAUAACCUUACCACUGACCCAAAACUUGCCCAUAUGACUGCAAGAAAUGAAAAUGAUUUUGAUGAAAAAAGUGAGAGACCUGCCAAAAGGCGAAGGGUAAACAGCAAUGGAAAAGAAAGUCCAGGUUCUUCUGAAUUUUUCCAAGAAGCAGUGUCACAUGGCAAAUUUGAAGAACUUGAAAACACAGAUGACUAAAUUUUAGACUUGUUUUACUUUCUUUGGAGUAAAAUCUGGUGUGACUAAAAUUUUCAGGGUUGAUGGGUUACCUUAAAAAGUUGAUUUCCUUGAAGCAGUUGGUUAAAAUUUUGAAAAUUUGAAUUGAGUCCUAACUUUAGUAAAUAAGAUUUCAUAAUUCUGCCCUUUGUAGACUUUUUACUUUAAAAGUGUAAAGACCCUGUUAAGGAUAAAACAAAUAGUUUAGUAAAUUUGAAUGAACUACAGAACUAUCUGUACCUUCUCAUUUGAUGUAUUAAUCUUAAAAGCUCACUACAGGUACUUUUUGCUUAGUUUUUGGUAGAGAAGAAAAAACCACGUUCAAAUUUCUGUUUAACACCAGUUUUUCUAAGUUUCUUGAGAUGUCUUUAUCUUUUAUAAGAGACAUUUUUCUCUCCAUACAAAUUGAGUGUCAUUAUUAAGGAAACCCUUAUGAAUCCUGAAAGUUAUGCUAGCAUGAUUUUUUUAUAUAUAGAAGUUUAAAAAUAAACCAAGUCAGGUUUGUAUAUGUAAAAUUGUUGACAUCAAUGAUGUCUUUCCAUAUUCUUAUCUGGGCUUAAGAAAUACAUUCUGUAUUUUUCCAGAUUCUUUGUAGCCUUUGAAAGAUUUUUACAGUACAUAUGUCUUGACUGAGCUGUCCUUUCUUAAUACAAAAGCUUGUAUAAUUUUCUUAACUUGUACAGUUGGUAAACUUUUAUGAGAGGAAUUGAUAUUCUGAGUCUGUCAGCUUUCAUUUUAUUUUGCUAAGGGUUUUCUAAUGAAUUUUUAAGUGUUUGUGUAGUAACUAAGUCAUGUUUCUUAUACAGGUGGUAAAAGUAUUCAUAAAGGAUUGUGAAAAUUUGUUUUUUCAAAUUUCUACUUAAGGACAAAUAGUUUGAGAAUUUUGAAGUUAAGCAUGAUACCUAGAUUGCAUAGUUUGUUUUGCGUUUGCUAUAAUUUUCAAAAUUAUUUUUGAAGCAAGACAGAAGUUUAAUGUUGGUUUAAGUGCUUCAAUAUAUCAUGCUGACCAGAAUCCUGUUCGGUUAUUUUUAUAUGCAUUAUAAAAUUUGCCAUUUUUGCAUUAACUAAACAGGGGAAAAGGUCAAGCAAUAUUUAGAUGUUGGCACACACAAGGAGUUCGCAGAUAACAAUACUGGUUUUAUGAGGAAAAAGUGAUGUUCCAAAAUGAAAAUAAGAUGUAUAACCAUUGCUCUGUGUGAUUACAAAUAGGACCAUCCAUUUGCAUAGCCUUGCAAGAGUGCCAUUUUAUUUUUAGUGCAAAAUUCUUGUUAAAAAUGUAGUUUUAUACAGCUGAUAGACCAACCUAUAUCCAAACUUUUAUAAAAGAUUAUUAACUAUUCUUGUUUUUUCACACAGGCAUACCCCAAAUGCUUAUACUGAUUCAUUUUCAGCCAUCAGUUUAAGAGCUAAUGCCUUUUUAAAAUAAAUCUUCUGUGGUCUUGUUUUUAAUGGCUCAACUGUUUUAUGCAAUUGAGUAAAGGUUUGCACUGAGAAGUUAUGGUUUAGGCCUUACCCCAUGAAGUAUUACUACUAACAUAUGUUCAGUCUGCUUCCUUCCACCAAUGUGAACAACUCUUCUCCCCAAACAGUGUUAAAAAGCCACUUUACAACGCUUGACUUCAUUUAAUGCACAUUCACUGUUAUAUACAUAUCUGAGUAAAUCAAAGUUUUGGGUGGAAGUGUUAAGAAGCGUGAAUUUUUUGUUGCUUUUGUUUUGUUUUACCUACAACAUUAAUUUAUCCAGAAUGGCAGCUUUAGCAUAUGGUCACAAUCCAUUUUCUAAAUCAGUUUUUAUUACAUGAAUCCAAAGUGUCCUAGCUCUUUGUCAAAGAUGAUCUAUAGAAGUGUUUCAAAUGAAGAGUGAUGCUGUACUUUUUAAGUUGUUGCAAUAUUAGAGAUGCUAUUUUCACCUUUUUUUCAAGAUGCAUUUUGUUUGCAGGUUUGUGAAGUUCUUGGAAACUAAUACUACAGGAACAUUUUUAGUACAUUCUCAGGCAUGUCUGCAAAUAUGGCACAUGUACACAUGUUAGGAAAUUUUACUUUUCUUAAUCUUAUCUUUUUAAAGUAUGCCUAAUGAAAGACAUUCCACUAUUAUAAUACAUAAUGCUCAGCUUUUCGUGAACAAAUAUUUAAUUGUAUUUUGUGUUUAUACAGGUAUUUCACACACUUUGUUCUUCAUAAUGCAGCCACUAUAAAUAAGUCACUGCACUACUUUAAAAUUUUUAGUAAUAUCAUGAAUUUAAUUUGCUUUAAGAUUUAGUACAUUUCAUAACUCUUGAACUCUUAACAAACUGCAUUGGGAAAA